AUGGACAAAAUCGAGUCACCAAAGUUUGAAAAAGACUCGCAUGUACUCAGAGACGAGGAAAAUCAAUUGAAAAUACAAAAAGAUGAUGCUUGGUGGAAAUUUUGGAAAAAGCAUCGUAUAAUUAUUGCGAUAUUAGCAUUUUUUGGUUUUUUUACUUUAAUGGUUUUACGAGUUAAUCUUAGUAUUGCAAUAAUUGCCAUGACAACAAGUGACACUGAUGAACAACCAGAAUUUCAAUGGGAUUCAAGAACUCGAGGUUUUAUAUUGAGUUCUUUUUUUUAUGGUUAUAUUUGUUUCCAACUUUUGGGAGGCUGGUUGAGUUCAAGAAUUGGUGGAAAACGAGUUUUUGGAUAUGGAAUUGGUGUUGCCACUCUUUUGGCGUUACUAACACCACCUUUGACACGUAUAAGCGUAUAUUUACUGAUUGCUCUGCGAAUUGUUCAAGGCACUUUCGAGGUUAAUAUUAUUAUUAUUACUAUUGUACGCAGAGUGAUUGCCGAGGGCUUAGCCGUAGUAUUGAAUUUGUUGCUGAAAAAAAAAAAUGGUCAUAAGUUUUUAACAAAUCAACGUAAAAACUUUAUAUAA